UGAAUUCCAUAUUUGGCUUUUCCUCUUGUUUGCUGUUUAUCUGUGACACCCCAAAUGUAAUUUUAAUUAUCCUUUUCUAAAUUCAUUAACAGAUUUCUCUGCAAUGUAACAGAGAGUUUGUCUCGUCUGCAUGCUGUGACAUCAGAGUGAGUGACAUGCUGUUAAUAAGUUAUCAAAAUCCUGCUAUUUUAGGUCUGAGGGGAAGUUGCAGCACUCUUGUUGAGCAUUAAUCAUAGGCAGCAGCGCAAGGUGAAAGGUAGAAGGUGAUAUUCACUGUACUGUAUCACAAGUGUCUUCUCACUAUCUGUGGUUUCUCCAGACAUUUCUUUUUGUUUGUUUGGUUGACUCACAAAUAAAUCCAUAGAUGAGAUUUAAACAAACAUUUUGUAAUUUGAUUGUUGGACUUCCUGCCCAUCACAGGAUACAUAUGCUAACUCAAAAUAUGCGCAUACAAACACAGAGCAACGAAUGCCUACCUGUGCAUACAGUUGCUUUGAUUAUAAAAUGCAAUCACUGAUGUCAUGAUACUUACUACAUCCAAAACUGUCUGCCCCCUCCAUCUCCAUCAUGUAUGACUCUGAGUCACAGUGACGUGUACAGGAUGAGGGGGGGGGGACGCCAUAAUAGACCAUUGGCCACUCGUUGAUGUUAAAGGCCAAACUCCUCCCUACAGAAUAUAACAGUCCACAACACAUUAACUAUCAAUCACAGCAUAUCCAUUGAACUUACUGGUGCAGAGCACAGCUACAUUUGAACAAGCCUAACUAGCCAGGGAACCAUUAAUAGAUCUCAGGUCUCACCAGCAACAUACUGUAAUUGGCCGUCACACGGUUGCGUGGAAGUGUCCUCUUUGCAAGGCUGAGCAGCAUGCUUCAGGAGAUCCUGGCCUUUGUUUUAAGCACCUCGGGGUGGGUGCUGGUGUCUUCCACCUUGCCGACGGACUACUGGAAGGUGUCUUCGCUUGAUGGGACGGUCAUCACCACAGCUACCUACUGGUCCAAUCUGUGGAAGACCUGCGUCACGGAUUCAACCGGAGUCUCCAACUGCAAAGACUUUCCCUCGAUGCUGGCAUUGAAGGGUUACAUCCAGGCAUGCAGGGCACUGAUGAUUACAGCCAUCUGUCUGGGCUUUUUUGGUUCGAUUUCUGCUCUCAUUGGAAUGAAAUGCACCAAAAUCGGAGGAAGUGACAGAACCAAAGCCAGGAUUGUCUGCAUUGCUGGUGUGGAAUUCCUACUUAGUGGCAUCUGCUCACUCUCAGCAUGCUCCCUCUACGCACACCAGAUAACAGCGGAGUUUUUCGACCCAACAUAUGUGGCACAGAAGUAUGAACUGGGAGCUGCGCUCUUUAUCGGCUGGGCAGGUUCCAUCCUCUGUAUCCUCGGAGGCACCAUACUCUGCUUCUCCAUCGCAGGUUCCUCCAGCGAAAGCCACAGUCAGGCAAAGUAUAUCUACAAAGGUGCUGCCUCACAUUCCCAUAUCUCCUCUUUCCCGAGAGGGCAGGCUCAGUCUGUCAACCAGAGGCCGCCUCCAGACUACAGCAACUCCUCCAGGAUGCAGCACUUUGAUAAGAAUGCUUAUGUGUGAGGGAUGUGAAUAUAAAACACUUUUAGUCAAAGCCACUGGUGAGUCUUAAAAGCUCUACUAAGUGUUAAAGAUACAGCGUGCCAGAUGAAACGUGCUUGGUUCUGUCUAAAAGCGACAGAAUUUGCUGUUAUUAAUUUGUGACUCACCGAGAAUAUUUAAGCGUUUCAUCCAGGUGUCCAAAUUUGAAGUUGUGUAAUGCAGUUUACUCUCUGAUAUUGGGGAAUUUCUAUUUUCUAUACCGCAGACAACAUCUGUAUUUGGCCGUUGUACAUAUAACUGUGCAUUUAAUGAUAGGAUUAGUAUUGUAAUUAAACAGCAAUAUCAUAAACACUUGGUUUCUGGAUCCUUGUAAUCUAAUUUUUGCAUCAUUUUCUAUUUUUUUUAUAUGGUAGUGUGAAAUGUUGUGUAAGACAUUUUCUUUGUUGGUUGUAUUCUUUAACACAAGUAACCUGAACAUGUUGUUAAUCUGUAAUGACAGUACUUAAAACUGUGUCCAACACAGAUGCUCUUGUUUUCCAUUGCAUAACCAUUAACUACUUUGGAAUGCUCAAACUUGUAUGUAAGGCUCUGUUUUUUAAGAGGAGUGUAUGAGUAGAAAUAAAACAGAUAAAACUGA